UUUGACAUAAGCAAACAUAAAUCACAAUGCAUUUACUUAUUUUUUUUCUUCACCAUCAUUGUGAAGAUUCAAGGGGCAGCUGCCUAUCUGAUUGACAAAGAUUGGUGCUACCAGUCCCAGGUUACAUGUGGUGGCAACUGCACAGGACCUGAUGGUUGGACUACGGUUGCUGGGGCUUGUGGCGGAAAAGCCCAGUCCCCCAUUAACAUUGUGACAAGAAGAACUCUACCAGAUGGACGCCUUACACCAUUCACAUUCGCUGGGUACCAAGAGGCCUUCCACAGUCUCAUCACAAACAAUGGUCACACUGUUCAAGUGGACCUGCCUGCCACAGCAAAAGUACAGGGUGGAGAUCUGGCUGUGCCAUACAAGGCAAUACAGCUCCACCUGCACUUGGGCAAGGAUGGAGGCCCUGGAUCCGAACACACCAUCGAUGGAGAACGAUAUCCCAUGGAGCUGCAUAUAGUAAGUAUAAAAGAGGAGUACAACUCUUUGGAUGAAGCUCUGAAAGACCUUGCAGGGGUUGGAGUUCUAGGAUUCUUUUACGAGCAAUCGGGAAGCUCCAACAAAAAAUAUGAAUCCAUCAUAAAUGCUCUGAACUCAAUCAAUAUGCCCAGCUCCAACACUACCCUGAGUGAUGUGUCCCUGGACAUGUUCAUCCCCUCUCAGAGUAAUAUGACCAGCUACUUCCGCUACCAGGGCUCUCUCACCACACCUCCCUGUGAAGAAGCUGUAGUUUGGACCGUGUUCAAAAAUAGCAUUCCUCUCAGCAGGCAACAGCUUGAUGCAUUUUCUCGGCUUCAGUUUGCUGAUGGAAAGCCUAUGGUGGGAACCUAUCGCCCAGUCCAGCCGUUGAAUGGUCGCCCGGUGUAUCGCUCUGGAAGUCAAGUUAUCUUAGUCAGCACUUUGCUACUCAUCACCUCUGUGAUAUCAGCCAUUGGACUCCCACUGCCCAAAUAAAUACUAGCAUCUUUGGAUAUGUGUAUCAGUGAAUUUGUCACGACUUCCGCCGAGGUUGGCUCUCCUGCCCGUUCGGGCUGUGAUCGGCGGUUGUCGUCACCGUCCUAUUAGCCACUACCGAUCCCUUUUCGGUUAUCUGUUGGUUUUGUCUGAUUGUUUUCACCUGUGUGUUAGUUAAUUAGUAUCUGUAUAUAAUGUAGGUUGUCCCGCCCUUGUUUUCUGCGGGAUUGUUUGUAUUUGUCAUUUCGUUUCUGCUGUCAGUGUUUUUGUGUUUUAUUUCUCCGGUUUGUCUGUUAUUUCCUGUUUUGGAUAUUUUUCACCCUGUUUGUAUUUUGGGUUGUCCGUGUUUAUUGUUGUUCACCGGAGAAUAAACCUCUAU